CUCUUCUCUUUUCAACCUCUCCUUGUCCUUUUAUAAGAACCCUACCACGGUAUGAUAACCCUCUUUCUCAUUCAUUCUUUCAUAGGCUAUAAUAUACACUUGUUAUGAUUCCCUUCCCCUAGCUACCCUAUCCCUCGGUACUGUCCACUGUCCAUUAUUUUUGCCUAAUUAACAACACAUAUACAGUUCUCUCUAUCUCUCCAUCCAUGACUCCUUAUUCUCUGAACCCACCAGGCCCUUCCAUACAAGCUGGUCAAAACCAACUCUUCAAUAUUUCUCCUAAUAAUCAGGACUGCCGUACCUUUUUUAACAUAUUUGAUCCAAGGCAAACCAGCAUAGAAAUUGGAGGGUUAAGAGAAAAUUAUCGACAGGAUGACAAGAUGAUAUUGCAUGAUGGAUCAUCAAGCAACUGCAACUCGUCCUUCAAUAUUUCACCUGAGACAGUAGUUAUGGUUGAUCCAUUAAGCAGCGCAUGUGAUCGGCGUAAUUUACCAUCUGAGGAAGAGAGCAAAAAUAACGAUCACGGGUCUGGGAACAAAUGGAUGUCUUCAAAGAUGAGGUUAAUGAAAAAAAUGAUGAGACCGAGUAUCAGUCCAACCACUGACAAAGCAAUCAAUUCAAGCCCAAGAUUCCAAAAUCAUCAAGGGCUCGAAAGCAGAAGGUACAGCCAAAGAAGCCCUCGUAACAACAACGGCAGUAGCACCCCUAGGGUUUGUUCGGAUUGCAAUACAAGCACUACCCCACUUUGGAGGACUGGCCCUAAGGGUCCCAAGUCUCUUUGCAAUGCCUGUGGCAUUAGACAGAGGAAGGCAAGAAGGGCAAUGGCGGAAGCUGCAAAUGGUUUGGUCACUCCCAUAGCAUGUGAAAAGACCAGACUACACAACAAGGAAAAGAAGUCUCGUAUGAACCAUUUUGCACAGUUCAAGAACAAGUACAAGUCCACUACUACUACUACUACUACUACUGUAGGCUCAUCUGAGGGAGUGAGGAAGCUUGAAUAUUUCAACAACUUCGCCAUAAGUUUGAGGAGUAACAACUCUGAUUUUGAACAAAUGUUUCCACGGGAUGAAGUAGCUGAGGCGGCAUUGCUUCUGAUGGACUUAUCUUGUGGUUUUGUCCACUUAUAAUAUUAGCUAGCUAGAAGAAAUCUAGAUACUUUUUCCCUUUGUUCUUGCUUUUGUUUUUGUUUUAGUUUUGGUUUUAGUUUUUCAUAUAAAAGUAUUUCGUAAUUAUAUUAUUUGUUUGGUUGUGACUUGCAUGUGAGUUGUGAAGUUUAGCUGAUGCAUGUGUCUGCAGCAGAACCAAAAUAUUGUCGGCAACGUUAUAGCUAGCUACAUUUGUGUUGAUUGAUCAGUAAAAGUUUAUGUUAGCGAUA